UUCAAUCUCAUUAUUGUCUUAAGGAGCGGACACUUAGCUGCCUCCGACUCCUUCGAUGCAAACUGCAAUCUGAUAAGCAAUCAGCUUUGGGAACCUGGCAGGUGCCACAUGGCACCAUGACAUGGCCAGUGCCCCUCAGGCAGCAGCUCACCACUGCUCCUCUGAGCUCAGAGCACUUGUCCCAGUCAGCAUAUGCCUGGUGGGAGCGCUCCCAUGAAGGCAGAGCUGCUGUCCCACAGCCCAUAACGGGAAUCACUGCUUUGGAGGGUCAGGCACGAUGAGGCAGCUGGAGAUGAGACGUGCGAGUCUCUCUGCCAGCCUGAAGAUAGGGGAUCGCCGGGGCUGCUGCCGGACACCGGAGGAAGAGGAAGUCCAUAUCCCGUUUGCGCAGGACAGCCUGGUAAAGCAAUGGAGCUCCAUGCAGAAUGUGACGGACAGAAAUCAGGAGAAAAGCAAGACUCCCAUCCAAAGGAACAAGUACUUGCUCAACAUUAACGUGGGUGGCAAAUUGUUCCAGAUAUCUUACAAGGUAGCAGCCCGGUAUCCCGUCACCAGGCUUGGGAAGCUGGCCAUUUAUACAGACCCUAUGAAGAAGCUGCAGCUCUGCGAUGACUACUCGGUGCAGAAGAAUGAGUACUUCUUUGACAGAGAUCCUUCAAUUUUCCACUACAUCUUCCACUUCUAUUGCAGCGGGGUCCUGUGGGUAAUGGAUGAGAUGUGCCCCAGUAACUUUGUGGAGGAAAUUGAGUACUGGGGAAUCCAUCUGAAAUACUCCCAACGCUGCUGCCGGAUCCUGCUGGAGGAAAAGCAAGAUGAACUCAGUGAGUACCUGAAAAUACAGAAGGAGCUGGAAGCAGAACUGGAGCCCCUGGACUCAGCAGAGCAGUUUGAGGGCAAAUUUCUGGGACGGUUUCGGAAGAUGAUCUGGAACCUUAUUGAGAACCCAUACUCUUCUGUCACAGCCAAGAUCAUUGCUGUCUUGUCGAGCUUCUUUGUGCUUAUCUCCAUCGUGGGCAUGACACUGAGCACAGUGGAAGAGAUGAAACACAAGACAGGGAAGAUAUGGAUGGAGCAGCUGGAGAUGAUCUGUGCCAUCUUCUUCACCUCUGAAUACCUCAUGCGGCUCAUAUCCUCCUCCAGCUUCAAGAACUUCUUGCGGGCAGCGUUUAAUGCUGUAGACCUGGUGGCCAUCCUGCCCUUCUACAUCCAGAUCCUAUUUGAAAAUCUGGACGAAGGAGACACACUUUACCAUGAGGAACUGCACAAGGUGGAGAAUGUGAGCAAGCUGGGCAAAGUCCUCAAACUCAUCAAGCUCAUGAGGAUCUUCCGUAUCCUCAAGCUGGCACGCCACUCCACUGGCCUCCGGGCCUUCGGCUUCACCAUGCGCCAGUGCUACCAGCAGGUUUGCUGCCUCUUCCUCUUCAUUGCCAUGGGGGUCUUCACCUUCUCCGCUCUCAUGCACUCAGUGGAACAUGAUGUCCCAGGCACCAACUUCACCAGUAUCCCCAACGCAUGGUGGUGGGCAGCGGUCAGUCUCUCCACUGUGGGCUACGGAGACACUGUACCCGACACAGUGCUCGGCAGGAUGGUGGCGUUUGCCUGCAUCUCUUUUGGCAUCAUCCUCAACGGCAUGCCCAUCUCCAUCCUCUACAACAAGUUUUCUGACUACUAUGGCAAGCUGAAGGCCCAUGAGAACGAGACCAGCCACUCGCUCAAGCUCUCCAGGAGGUUCCGCCUGAAGGAGCGAGUCCUGCAGAAGCUGUCGGAGUGCUGCAGAGCUGACCCCCGCUAUCACCACUGACCACCAGCCCUUCACCCUCCGGACAACCUCUCCACCGUGAUGCAUCCUGCCCUCCAGCCUGGCUGUCCCUCCAGCAGGUCCUGUCCCCUAGGGAGGCUCCACAACUCUGGCAGCGAGCAGCAAGUCACAGCAGCAUCUGGGGGGAUCUGCUGUUGUACAGGUGCCGCUGCCAGCUCAGGCUGUUCGGAGGGAUGAAAUGUGCCCGUGACUGUGUUGUGACCUUCCUCAAUAUUGCAUGCUGGACGCUGCUGUCUAGCAGAGCAGUCAGUAAAGGACCAGCUAAAGACCGUGCUAUACGGCCAAGGCGGGAUGUCUGUCUGUCAUGGUCUGGGGCAUGAGGCACCCUGAGGACACAGGGAGCGAGCGGUGGGAUGCAUGGGGCUGAGCUCUGUCACCUUCCUGAGGAUGGGCACCCAUGAUGAAGUGAAGCCCAGUGUGACACCUGUGGAGGCACCUGCUCUGGGUUGAGUGGGGGACACACAGAGGCUCCCCCCACCAGGCAGUGGCCCGGGACUCCAUGACUCCUUCCCAGCCGAGCAGACGUUCAGCCCAGGCUGAGUCCAGCAUGGGGAUUUGCGUGAAGGUCCACAGAAAAAACUGCAGCCAUGCAUCCCGCCAACCCACUUUCCUUCCCACUGCCCUGGGGGCAGAGUCCUGGCUCGGGAUGCCGCUGCAGUGGGAACCACAGGCAGCCUGGGGGUGCAGAGCUGGCAGCUAGAGCAUCCCCAGGAACAGGCAUUUAAUAAACCAGGCCAAAACCA